CAAUAAAAUGAGUAUUUUAAAUGAGAAAAUAAAUUAUAAAGCACUAGAAGAAGAAUUACAUCAGGCUAUAAAAGAUGAUGAAUUGUAUCAAUUGCAAAAUAAUGCAAAGUUUAGGGCAAUUGAGCAAAAGGUACCAACCUACAAAGAUUUUCAAGAAAUGGUAAAUGCAGCACACCUUAAACCAUUAACAAAUAGUGAGAAGAGAAAUAAAAUUUUAAUUUCCAAAAAUAUUUUCGCUAAUCGAUCAGAAGAUUGGGAUUUUGUGUCAAAAACACAAAAUUUAAAAUUGAUUGCUCCACUUUUGGAAAAUGAGGAAACACUUUCAAAAAAUGUUCCAAAGAAUACUAAAGAAUUUUUAAAUGUUUGGAAAAAAAUCAAGGAUCCUGGAUUUAAAUUUAAUUAUUUACUCAAUACGAGAGUAAAUUUGGGAAAAAAUAUAUUUAUUAUCGAAGUUCCCUGUGAAUUUUUAGAAGACAUAAUUAUUUUAUGUUCAAAGCAAUUAAUAAAUAAUAAAGUGGAAGAUAUAAUUGACCUAUUUAUUAAAUUGAGUCAAUGCAAUAGAUUUGAAUUAAAUUUAAUUUUUUUAUCCGAAGAAAAAAAAGUGAUUUUAAAAAAAUUACUUCAAGAUUUACUUUUAAUGGAUACAAAAAAUUCUCAACAAUUAUCCAGCAAAUAUAAAAUAAUAUUAAAAUAA